GGUCGAUGUUCAACCACUGAGCCACGUCCAGCCAGGCCAAGCUAAUUUUUCUUUGUUUACCUACCAGGGUAGUUGGUAUUUGUUUCGUGUUAAACUAGCCAAAAUACAAGUGUCUUUUAAGUUCAGUGUUGAGUUUCUUAGAAAAGUUCACUACCUUGGGAUUCAUCUUUCUCUUAUCUUUUUUCUUGGAUCAGAGAAUAAUAGGUUAAGAAAUAGAAAAGUGUAAUAAACCUUGCUACAUAUUAGCAUCUUUGAAAUACAUAUUUUAAUGUAAUACAUAAUAUAUAAUUGACUAUAUAAUAUAUAUAACUAUAUGUGAAUAUAUGGAUACUGUUGUUGUUUUUAAGAGAAGUCUGGAGCUAAUUAAAACCUAAAAGUAAUUUAGAUUAAACUGGAUUGGGGAAAGUGGAGAGGAGCUACCCUUGUGCUACAAAACACAUCAGCACAUUAGGUGGUUAUAAAACUCUUGAGAUGUGGUGUGGGGUAUCAUUGCCGUACUGUUUUGCUUUCAAGGAUGGCGCAAAAGAAGUAUCUCCAAGCAAAACUGACCCAGUUUUUAAGGGAAGACAAAAUUCAGCUUUGGAAACCUCCAUAUACAGAUGACAAUAAAGAAGUUGGUUUGGCAUUGAAGGACCUUGCUAAGAAGUACUCCAACAAGCUGGAGUGUUGUGAAAAUGAAAUAGAGAAGAUAAUAGAAGAAAUACGUUGCAAAGCAAUCGAGCGUGGCACAGGAAAUGAAAAAUACAGGACAACGGGGAUUGCCACGAUUGAGGUGUUUCUACCUGCACGACAAAGAAAAGACAGGAAGAACCUCUUGGAAACCCGAUUGCACAUCACUGGCAGAGAACUGAGGUCUAAAAUAGCGGAAACGUUUGGAUUUCAAGAAAAUUAUAUCAAAAUUGUCAUAAAUAAGAAACAACUUCAACUAGGGAAGACCCUGGAAGAGCAGGGGGUGACGCACAACGUGAAAGCCAUGGUGCUGGAGCUGAAGCAGUCAGAGGAGGACGCCCGGAGGAGCUUCCAGGUCGAGGAGGAAGAGCAGAGCGAGGCCGACCAGAAGGAGAAGAAGAUCCAGAGGACCAAGAGGGGCCUGGAGAUCCUGGCCGAGAGAGGUGAGAUGGUGGAUUCAGAAACCACACCAUACCUAGAUAUAGCUAACCAGACGGGCAGAUCCAUCAAAAUUCCUCCAGCGGAACGAAAAGCCCUUAUGUUAGCUAUGGGGUAUCAUGAGAAGGGCAGAGCUUUCCUGAAAAGAAAAGAAUACGAAAUAGCCUUGCCUUGUCUUCUGGAUGCCGACAGAUAUUUCUGUGAGUGCUGCAGAGAGCUGCUGGACACGGUGGACAACUAUGCUGUGCUCCAGCUGGACAUAGUGUGGUGUUACUACCACUUGGGGCAGCUGGACUGCCUCGAAGAUGCAGAAAAAAAACUAAACCUGGCCCAGAAAUGCUUUAAAAAUUGCUACGGAGAAAAUCAUCAGAGACUGGUUCACAUAAAAGGAAACUGUGGGAAAGAGAAGGUGUUGUUUUUACGACUCUACUUGCUUCAAGGUGUCCGAAAUUAUCACAGUGGAAACGGCGAAGAGGCUCGUGAGUAUCUCAAUAAGGCUCAUCAGCUCUUUAAAGAGCUCUCUAUUGAUCCAUCAAAAGUUCACAAUUUGCUGCAGUUGGGGUUCACUGCCCAGGAAGCCCGGCUUGGCCUCAGGGCCAGCGACGGGAACGUGGACCACGCAGCCAUCCACAUUACCAGCCGCAGAGAGGAACUGGCCCAGAUAAGGAGAGAGGAAAAAGACAAGAAAAGACGCCGCCUGGAGAAUAUCAACUCUUUGAAAGGAAUGGGCUUCUCCACGCACGCAGCCAAGCAGGCCCUCCAUCAGGCCAGCGGGGACCUAGACUCGGCCCUGAAGAUUCUUUUCAGUAACCCUCACGUGUGGCUUAGUCACUCCGAUCCUGAAACCCACAACCAUCAAGAAAGCCCUUCCCAGGAAAACAUUGACCAACUGGUGUACAUGGGCUUUGACCUGGUAGCAGCGGAAGCUGCCCUGAGAGUGUUUAAGGGAAACGUGCAGCUGGCAGCUCAGACCCUUGCUCACAACGGAGGCAGUCUCCCCCCUGACCUGCAGCCCGCGGCAGAAGACUCACCGACACCAACCACGUCCCCUUCCGAUUCUGCAGGUACCUCUAGUGUCUCCACAGAUGAAGAUAUGGAGACAGAGGCCAUCAAUGAAAUACUGGAAGACAUUCCAGAACACGAAGAGGAUUAUCUGGACUCAACCCUGGAAGACGAAGAAAUUAUUAUUGCAAAGUAUUUAUCCUAUGUAGAAAACAUAAAGUCAGACACAAAGAGAAACUAGUAAUGAACAGAAGGCAGCACUGAGUUUCUGCUUAUAAACCCUAUUCUGAAAGUGUAA